GAACGUGUUUCCCGGCUUCGUAUCCUGCGAGUCGUGGAAAGUUUGGAAGGCGGAGGCAUGGCCCGGCAGCCUUAUCGUUUUUCCCACACCCGGGCGGCAGAGAGAGGAUCAGGUGUUUUCAGGUUAACCGUCAGAAAUACAAAGCUUCACAUGGAUUCUGAGGUGAAAGAAGAAUGUCUAAGGCAAGACCUGCAGUUUUACUUCAUGAGCCCUUGUGAAAAAUACCGAGCCAGACACCAGAUUCCAUGGAAACUGGGUUUGCAGAUUUUGAAGAUUGUCAUGGUCACCACACAGCUUGUUCGUUUUGGUUUAAGUAACCAGCUGGUGGUUGCUUUCAAAGAAGAAAACACAGUUGCUUUUAAGCACUUGUUUUUGAGAGGAUAUUCUGGCAUAGAUGAAGAUGACUAUAGCUGUAGCAUAUAUACUCAGAAGGACGCCUAUGAGAGCAUCUUUUUUGCUAUUAAUCAGUAUCAUCGUCUCAAGAACAUAUCUCUGGGGAACCUUGAUUAUGGAGAAAAUGAAGACAAUAGAAUUGGUUUAAAAGUCUGUAAGCAGCAUUACAAGAAAGGGACCAUGUUUCCUUCGAAUGAGACACUGAAUAUUGACAGCGACUUUGAAGUAGAUUGUGUCUACCUGACCCUUCAGAACCUGUCCCAGGACCCCCAGGACUGGAAGAACUCACCAUUCUUCAGGCUGGAAUUUUGUCGGCUCUUACAAGUUGAAAUCUCCUUUCAUCUCAAAGGCAUUGACCUACAGACAAUUCAUUCCCGAGAGCUACCAGACUGUUAUGACUUUCAGAACACGAUUAUCUUUGACAAUAAAGCACACAGUGGCAAAAUCAAAAUCUAUUUUGACAGUGAAGCUAAGAUCAAAGAAUGUAAAGACUUGAACAUAUCUGGAUCUAUUCAGAAAAAUACUCAAUACGUCCUCAUAUUUGAUGCCUUUGUCAUCGUGAUUUGCUUGGCGUCUCUCAUUCUGUGUACCAGAUCCAUCGUUCUUGCUCUCCGUUUACGAAAGAGAUUUCUAAACUUCUUCCUGGAGAAGUACAAGCGCCGAGUGUGCAACGCCUACCAAAGUGAGUUCAUCAGUGGAUGGUACAUCCUGGUGAUUAUGAGUGACCUCAUGACAAUAAUUGGAUUAAUAUUAAAAAUGGAGAUUAAAGCAAAGAAUCUCACAUAUUACGACCUGUGCAGCAUUUUGCUCGGAACAUCUACACUCUUUGUCUGGAUUGGAGUCAUCAGAUAUCUGGGUUACUUCCAGGCAUAUAAUGUGCUCAUUUUAACGAUGGAAGCCUCACUGCCCAAAGUCCUUCGCUUCUGCGCUUGUGCUGGGAUGAUUUAUCUGGGUUACACAUUCUGCGGCUGGAUUGUUUUAGGACCAUAUCAUGCCAAGUUUGAAAAUCUGGACACAGUUGCUGAGUGUCUGUUUUCUUUGGUCAACGGUGAUGACAUGUUUGCGACCUUUGCUCAUAUCCAGCAGAAGAGCAUUUUGGUGUGGCUGUUCAGUCGCCUGUAUCUGUAUUCCUUCAUCAGUCUUUUUAUCUAUAUGAUCCUCAGCCUUUUCAUUGCACUUAUUACAGAUUCCUACGACACCAUUAAGAAAUACCAGAAGAAUGGGUUUCCUGAAACAGAUCUUCAGAAAUUCUUGAAGGAAGAGAGUAGCAAAGAGGAGUAUAAGAAAGAGGCCUUGGCCUUCCUGUCCUGCAUGUGCUGUCGAAGGAAAGGAAGUGAUGACCACUCAAUGCUUAUUAACGAAAAUCCUUCUGCAAAAGGCAAUUAAAUUUCAAACCUUCUUAUCCAGCAGCAAUGCAGAGGACCCCUUCCAAAUAGCUUGGACCAGCACUUGAAAAAAUACUGACUUAUUUAAUUUUGGAUUGGGAAAAGGGCUGUCAGUUGGCUGACCACAACUGGACUUCCAUAAUUCCCUUCAAUAAACAUGGAUGAUGAAUCAUGGACAAUAGUCAAUUACAGAUCAUUAGUGCAAUACAACAGUGAUCGUGAUAUUCUGUAUGAGUCCUUAAAUUUAUGACACGAAAAUGUUGGAAUGAAAAAAAAAAUCACAUUUUUGAGUGUGCAAAACAAUGGUAUUUAAAACCAUGCCUUUAAAGAUGUGUUCAUCUUCAAAUCAGAGUUUGUUUUAAAAGCGAUUCUUGCAUUAGAAGACAUUUGUUAAAUCAUAGUUUGCACAGAAAUGAAGUUGAUGGCAAUACCAAAUUAGAGACUGCAAGCUGGAGAACUAUUAAGUAAUUUGAAGAUCAACAAGAAGACCUCUUGCAGUGGACAUUUCCUGGCCUGUUUUCCUGAGGUUCUCUUCUUCGGUAUGAUAUGAAGCGACUCUUGUACAGUCAGCAUGAUAAACUGAAAACGGUCAUUGGACACUUUGUCACCUGUGCUGUUGUUGAUUGUACACACAUGCCAUAUGGAAGGACACUGCUAUAGCAGUCAUUCAUUUUAAUUGAAUUCCACUGUGGUGGGGAUUUACUCUGGCCAUGCAAGGAAAUAGGGUAUUUUUUUUCCAAAUAAAUU